AUGAAAUCGGAUAUCUUGUAUGGUCAUGUCAUGUAUGUCUCAAGGUAUUAAUAUCACGAUUGUUUGGUGAAUGCUUCACUGAUUUCCAAAAUGUCUGCGGUAGUAACCGGUGUUGUGAAACUUGAUUCGCAGUGGAAUUGCAGAACGUUUGAAAGAUGGCGACGUCACGGACGAAGAAUGUCGGCGCUUGAUCGUCAGAGAACUUGACGAUAUCAAAAGCAAGCUAGAUGGUCUGGCAAAAAAGGAUUUACUGAGUAGCCUUUGUUUUCUUCAAGACGGAGUCAAUAGACUAUAGUAUAUCAAUCCUUACUUCAAGUGAAUUCAAAUGAAAAUACAGCAGAAUCGCCCGAACAAGCGACCUUAGUCGAAGCCGCGUCAUUCAGAGACACUGGUACUGAUUCUCCUAUCAACGAAGUUAUUGCUCUUAUAAAUGCCAUCACGUCAUUGAAAAUACAUUCCAAGGAACGCUUUAAAUCUGCCAUAAAAUCGUUCGAACUUGCGGGUGAAAAUGCCACCAAAGCAUUCUGUAACGAAGCGUUGUCCAUCGAAGACCGAAUUCAAGCAUCGCAAGUCAGAAUCGUGGCAAGAAUUUUGGAAAAUUUGGAAGACCCAGAAGCAAGCGCAAGUGAUUGCUUGCAGUGA